CCAUGAUGAUGAUCACCACUGAAGUUUACUGUUUGGCUCUGAAGGUGCCGGAGAGAACCUUUCUUGUCACAUGUGUGACCCGGCAUGCCGGGCAUAGGAAUAGCGUUUGCAACGAACAGAUCAUGGUCUGCUAUCAUUCGGCGCGAGCCAUGACUAUCCCUUAUAAUGAUAAGAGGUAUUUCCAGGUGCUUAGUCCCAUCAUCCUGCAUAUUACGCUUACUUUAUGGAUCCGGGCAUAUAUUUGUGCCGUCCACCCCUCCACUUUUCCUCAACUCGAGAUUUCCAACUAGUGCUUCACACACUCUCUGAGCAGCAGCGCGACCAACGCAGCAUCACAAUCAUGGAAGCAACGGUAUACUUUGGUGUCACUCAUACCGCUGCCAUACCUUCAACACUGAUUACGAGCUUCACAAAUGGAGGAGGCGUAGCCUUGGGCGGCAGAGACAGGCGUGACAUGAGAAAGCUGGUCACCAUCUCCGGCUCAGUCGUCAUCCUCGGCGACCACGAGACCAUUCUACCAAGCGGUUGGGUUACUGUCAUUGACAUACCGUCGCAACACAAUUCUCAAGGUGUCCUGCCCGACAAUCCGGUUCUUCGUAUCAGCAUCCCCGCUAUCUCGACCCCAGCAGAACUCGUUCAGACUUCUAUAACUCCACUUAUUACCCCAAGUCCAGUCCUGAAUGCAACACCUCACCUUGGAGUCGAGCCUAAUCUUAGCGACUCUGCCGGUCCUUGUCCUAUCAAUACUGCUCUGCUGGAUCAGCAACAGUCAUCCUACGAGGACUGCCAGAGAACGAUUGAACCAGGUGGAAGAUGUUGUAUACCUGGUGUACCAGAUCCAUCAGAUCUCCCCAGCAAAACGACUACGAGCACUCCAGUCUCAGCGCCCGCUUCUCCAACCAACACCUUAUCGUCUUCAUUAAUGAACUCAUCAACAUCCCUUCCCACACCGACAAAACCGCCCAUCUCGUCCACCUUGCCGCAUACAUCCUCCAUUCCACUCUCCUCAGCUCCCGCAUCCGGCCUCACCCCCGUGCCAACAGAGGUUAUACCCCCCAAGCGCAAGACACCCAUCCUCCCCAUCCUCAUUCCAUGUUCCCUCGCGGCCGUCGGUAUCGUCGCCUUUGGUAUCUGGUGUACCGUCUGGCGCAGCGGCAAGCCACGUCACCCAUCGUCGCCACCCGUUGCCAUAGCACCUAGGGUGAUCAAUGGACAGAAUGUGUUUGAAGCGGGCAACUUCGCGGGGGCGGAAGCGUUUGAGAAGGGCAUUGAGGAGAUGGCGAGUAAGGAAAAAGCGAGUGAUGAGGAAAGGGGCAAAUGGAAACCCGGAGGAUAG